AUGCCCCGUCAGUCCAGGUCCUCCGGCCGCUCGGCCCCCUCCCGGCCCAUGGUGCCCGCUCGCUCGGCGCCCACCCCGACCCAGCAGCAGCAAACCCGCCCGGCCACCACUUACGCCGCGCCCGGCGCCCACAACCCCGCUGCCCCCCAGGCCCCGACCGCCGCCGGAUCCCAAGGACCCGGCCUCAUGGGCCAGAUGGCCAGCACCGCUGCCGGCGUCGCAAUCGGUUCCACAGUCGGCAACAUGAUCGGCAACAGCCUGGGCGGACUCUUUGGCGGCAGCUCGGCCCCGGCGGAGCCCUCGGCCGCGACACAGGCGCAGACGGCGCAGACCAACAACAGCUCGUGGGGCAACAACUGCGCAGGGGCGACGGAGCAGUUCACCAAGUGCAUGGACGAGCAGAGCGGCAACAUGCAGAUCUGCGGGUGGUAUCUGGAGCAGUUGAAAGCUUGCCAGGCUGCGGCCAGCAAUUAUUAA